AUGCCUGGGCUUUGUGAUCUUCCAUCAGAGAUCAUCUACCACAUUGCCAUACACCUUCCAACUGCUCAGGCACUGGCAAGUCUCGCCCAGACUUGUCAUCAGCUUCAUCAGGUUGUCACCGCUGAAAAUUCUCGCAUUUUCCAAGCCUUUGUGCAAACCAGAUUUCCUUCAAUUCCAACAAAUUCCUACUGGAAAGAUGCAGCGCAAGCCUUGUCAUCCCGUUCCCGGGCUUUAGACAAAAAUGCCAUUAUCGGGCGUUUUGUGGUGCCCCCCGAAUCAGCCACAAAGAUCGGCUCUCACGAAGUGACUCGUCGAGAUAACCCAACUUUGGGAUACAGGCCUGCAAUUGAUUCCUAUGAGAUUUGGAAUGGACAGAGCUGGGCCGAUAGGAAAGAAGUUCUUGCUUGGGGCGCUGCCAACCAGCUGGUGAUGAGGAUCAAGCAGACUGGCACUCAGCCCCACGAGAAAUGGAUACAAUUCAAUGAUAUCGAUCAUAUAAGUAGCUAUGAUGAUAUUUGUUCCGUGCAUCUCUUGUCGUCAGAGGAGCAAUACCAACAACAUGACACAGAGCAUCUGAUCUUUGGUCGUGUUCGUGGCGAUAUCGCACAAAUCGCCAUCAGUCCCUCAAAAGAGACAUAUGAGUAUCAAAGAAGGUUUUUGACUCACGGGCUCAGACUUGAUAAAACAGAGAUCAGCAAUGACACUGAUCGUACGCUGGCAGCUCAUUUUGAAAACGGCUCUAUCGCACUCUACGACACUGCGACUGAAAGUGCAGACAUUGAGCCUUUUGCCCGGUACAGACCGGAAGGUGUCUCACGCAACAAAUACUCAAAGCUGCUUUCGUCUUCGUUGGUAGCAGUCUGUACUGGGGAGGUGCACGAUACUCUCUCAAUCUCCAAAUUGACACCAGACGGCGUGUCUCCCUACCGAACAAUCGCCGCCGAUGCUCUGGACACCGAUUCAACGAGCCUCAAAUCCAAAGUCAACAUCAGCUGCAUCGAGCCUCUCAACAAGCACGUCCUUUCAGGCUCUCCCGGUGAAGUCUUCCUAACAGCCUGGGAUGAUUACACUGUACGAUUGCAUGACCUCCGAUCCCCAAAGCCUUCCGAGGUCGCCUACAAGGACGUCUCAGAUCUCAACCCCAUCUACAGCCUGCAUGCCUUCGGACACAACCACUUUUUAGCUGGGGCAGGUGGUGAAGCUAUCGUCAAAAUCUUCGAUUUACGCAUGUGCAAUACAUACAAUUACCUCGAUGCUCAAACCCCGAAAUCUCGUCCGCACAAUCCAGAGCUCAAAGACCAGACAGCCAAAACAACAAAUAGAAUAGCUCCUCGAAAUGGCUUCUCCUUGUUCCUAUCAAAUCAACCUCCCCCUCCAUUCGGACAACCCCCAAAUCGCAGACAAUGGGAAGCAUACCGUGGCCCAAUCUACACUAUGUCCACACCUUCCCCCUCCUCGCCAACCGUCUACGCAGGUAUAGUAGACGGCGUCGUCCGUCUAGACCUUGCGUCAACGGACGAUUUAACCGGUCCACGAAAAGAGUGGUUUGAGCAAAAUCUUGACCUACGCGUCAACACGGGCCAGGAAUUCUCGGCGGACUUCAAUACUUCGACACUGAAUCUUGCUGGGUAUGAACGUCCCGAUGAAGAUGAUCUAUCUACCACAUCUGUGCUCAGGCGUCAACGAGAGUUUUGGAAAACUGGUCCUGCGGACGCGGGGCUCGAGUCUGGAACGGGUUGGGACCGCAGGUGGGAGCAUUUGGAGGAGCCUGGUGCUUGGAGACGGCAGGAUGAGCUCGUGCAUUGA